AUGGGUUCUCAACAGAAGCCCUGCGCCAACAACUGCGGUUUCUUCGGCACUUCCGAGAAGCGAAACCUCUGCUCCAAAUGCUACAAGGACCUCUGUCUCGAAGAGGAGCUUGCGGCAAUGAAGUCCGUGCUCUGCUCCCCCGCGCCACCCUCGCCGGGCACCGCGGGUCAGUCGAAACCGGCGAACCGGUGUGGGACAUGCAACAAAAAAGUGGGUUUAACCGGUUUUGCGUGCAAGUGUGGGAGUACCUUCUGUGGGGUGCAUCGUUACCCCGAGAAACACGAGUGCACCUACGAUUUUAAGGGAGAGGCGCGCGAAGCGAUUUCGAAGGCGAACCCUGUUGUUAAGGGUGACAAGGUUGAUAGGUUUUAGGUAGUGGAUGAUUAUGGUCCAUGUAUUAUUUGCUUAAAACUGAUGAUUGUCUCUUUCUCUAUGUUUAGGGUUUCAACUUCAA